CAUUCCUUCUCCUGGGGCCUAGGCCGCUUCCUCUCUGACUCCCUUCCCGCCCGCAUCAUCAUAUCACGAUUUGAGGGCGUGGGUCCAUAGGUCGUCGGCUAAACUGGCACAGGCCGCCGGAAGAGUGAGGGGGCUCCAAGUUGCCCCACCGCCCUCGAACAACGAAAAGGAUGGGAAGUACCAGCGCCGACCUACCGGGGGUGGGGCGGGGGAGGCGUAAUCUGCACUUGCGCGAGUCACGAGGAAGAAUAAGAACCUACCAUCUAAACUUUGGAAGAUACAUAAAAAACAAAAUGAAGUCAUCAAAAUCUAAAAUUGCACCUUUUUCUGUAGACGUGGAAAAUCCAGGAUUAGUUUCUAAAAACGUUUCAACUAUUUCAGCAGGAUUGUCUAAAGCAAGGAAAAAAAGUAGCACAAAAUUUAAUAAUGAAAGUGAACUAAUGUUCCUUGCUCCUCCACCUGUAGCAGAAUCAAUGCUAAAGCAUGCCAUUGCUAUUCCCUCUGAAAAUGCAGAGAAUGCUCUAAAUGAUGAGCAAAUUGUUAGACAAGUUACUAAUCAUCUUAAGGAGAUUUCUUCUUCUUUAGAAAAAGCUUAUGGAUUUGACAUUGAAAGAGAUCGAUUAGCAGAGAGAGUACCAAGGCCAGAAGGAGAAGAAAGUGUACCUACAGAAGCAGAAGAUAUGACUUCAUUCUUGUUAUCAUGUACAUCACUUGCAAAACAGGUUGAAGAAGCAGUUAAAGAAGAACAACAGAUAUUAGAAUCUCUUUUUAAGUGGUUUCAAAAAGAGGUCUAUCAUGUAGAAGAGUUAGUAAAAGAACAAAAUGUUUCAGACUGGGAGCUUCCUUUGCCAAACAAAGCAGUAUCUUCAAGUAUUUCCCAAGUGAUAGAACGUUUGCAAAAACUUGAACAAUUAAGGAAUCGCCUUAGUACGGUGCCAACGGCCACCAGAAGAGCUGUAGCUGUGAAACAUAAGCUGGACAACCAAUCAGAAACAGCCCAUAUUUAUGAAGAUGUAAAGAAGAUGAUUGAAGACUUUGGUGCAAAUUUUCAAAAUGAUGAGUUCAUAGAAAAUAUUACGAACAUUGCAGAUAAUGUGUUUUUACCAGAUUCUACUGGAUUAAAGGAUCUUCAGUUUCAAGAAAUGUUUAAAAUAUUUGAAAAACAGGCAAUUAAGUUGCAACGAAUGAUGAAUGAACUAGAUAGUCUUGAGCUUAAAUACAAGUUGAUUCAAAAUGAUUUAGAUGUAGUAACAGAGGAAAGAAUGAUAUUAGAGAAUGAACUCAAAAAAAUUAAAGGUCCAGAAAAAACAGAGCAAUUGCUACAGAGAGAGAAGAUAUUCUUGGAGUUACAAAGGAAAAAAUUAGAAAAAAAAGCAUCCAGAGACUCAAGACUUGGAGAUCUAGAAAAAUGUCACAUUUCAAACACCAGGGCAGAGAAAGUAGUAAUUUCUCUGGAAAGUGAGAACAAAUUUCUUCAGGAACAAUUGAAAGAUGCUUUACAGGAAGUUGAAAAAGCCAAGAAAGAUCUUGAAGCAUCACAUUCUGAAAUACAGAAAGGAAGUGGAAAUGAUAAUGAAAGCAUAGGUUCUAAAAAAAGCAAGAAAGGUAAAAAAGGGAAAGGAGAGCCAAAAAAAGACAAAAAAGCAAAAACAACAAAAUCAUCACAGGUUGCCAUGGACGAAGAAUUCAGUGGGCAGUAUAGUGUUUAUGAGUUUCUUCAGAUCUAG